AUGGCCCAGCGUGCAGCUGAAGACUCGUCGAAAGGCAGUUCAGACAAGACGGGACCCAGCAAAGUACAACAUUCCAUAACCUUGGAUCGCAAAGAGAUAGAUGAUAUCUGCAAGUCCUGGCUAGGUCUGCUUGGUUGUGAAAUGGUCAGUGCAUGGGGUGUCGUGUCGGAUUCCGAUCGCUUCACGCAAUGGGCAGAUCAUUCCCAUAGGCUCUUCGCCGGCAUCACAGAGGAUCUUAGGACGCUGAGAAUCACUCGCGCUCAGUGCUCAUGCACUUUGGCACUUAUCACCUUCUACAUUGUCAUCCUGUGCGGUGUGAUCCCUCGCGUGGCAGUACCCAGGCCGAGUUACGUUGCGAAUACUGCUUCAAGAGCCAUAUGGGGACUCAGAACCUGGUCACGAACUUGUCCCUUGGGAUUUGUAUUUGUCGGAAGCGCUGGAGGUCUCGCCUAA